AUGGUUGUUAUUAAUACUAAAUUUUCAUCAUGUGGUUCCUAUCUUGGUAAAGAAGCUAUAGAAAACAUUUAUGAAAAUUGUAUUAAUUUAGAAAAGCAUUACAAGGAAGCAUAUAUUUUACCAAUAAUAAUCACUAAUCUCAAAGUAAAUCCAUCUCAUCUUGAAGAUUUUAAAGGUAAACUUAUCAUUUACCAUUCCAAUAACAUCCAUUUAUUUUUUGGAAAGUUAUGGCAUAGAGUAUCAUUUGGCGCACAUGAUAUAGGUGAUUUUAUUUCACCAGAUUUAAAUCUCUAUAAAGGAUUAGAAAACAUUUCUUUAUAA